UCUGUCGCUAUUACUGUAGCAAUAUCUUCAUCGCGUUUGCUGUUAACUAUAACAAUACAGAAUGGCUUUAUUUUAUAAGGUAAUUGGCCUGGUGGCUUUUGUCGCUACUGUGUCAUCAAAUCGCGCACCAGGUGGUUACUCCUAUAACCGCUUCAGUGGUCCAGUGAGUGGCAAGAUUGUUGAAGUACAAGUACCGGCUGCUCAUGGAGUGCCAGCUCAGCAGCAUGCUGACUAUGGCUACGACCACAACGCGGGGAAAAUACAUCCAGAAACAUCGAAGUAUGAGCGCUUGAAGACUGUCGAUUAUGUGGCUAAACCUGAUUAUCACUACGCAUAUGGAGUGCAGGACCCUCACACCGGCAACCAACAGAAUCACAAAGAGUAUAGAGAUGGUGACGUAGUACAUGGAGAAUAUUCGCUCGUUGAGCCCGAUGGUUCAUUGAGAACUGUCAAGUACACAGCGGAUCCGAAGAAUGGGUUCCAGGCAACCGUGCACAAAGAAGCUGGCCACGCCGCUCCAAUUCCAGUCCAAAGGAAUCGAAAACAGCAUCGCGAAGAAGAAGAAGAUGAUUACUAAUCAAACUCUAUCUCUAACAUCUAGCUUAAUUUAUUUGUUACCUUUAUAUAAAAAUAAAAAAAAAUAUACUUUUAA